AUGCCCAUGCGGUGUAUGUUUUAUGACGAUAACGGCCAGCCCCACGGGCCUGGUUGCAAGCGCAAACUUGAAGUAAAUGGCUGCACUUACAUCCACCCAGGCGACCCGGAAUGGGCCACUGCUAGACCACCCACAAGAAAAUAUCAGGCGGGGCGAGGGAGGGGCAGAGGGAGGGGAGGUCUGCCAGGUGGAGAUCGAGGGUUCAACACCGUCGCUUCUGGCAGUACAUGGGGCGGUAACUCUUCGUCGUGGGGUAACCCUGAGUCCUCCUCGUCCGCAAAUUUCGCCCCAUCAUCCUCAAUACCAACGAACACUCCGAGCGGCAGGGACUCGGGGUGGGGUUCGUCGAGUGCAUGGGGUGGGACGACGGGCAGGGGGGAUCCUGCUUCGGGCGGAGAUGGAGUGGGUGGGAAUAUCGUUGCUGCAGGGUGGGGCAGCCCCCGCGUCCCCACAGAUGCGAGAGUCCAAUCGAAGCCUGCCUCGUCUGGAGAGGCGAGUGCGCCAGGCUGGGUCCCACCUGAUCAAAGUUGGGGGAGCUCAUCUGGCGACUGGGGACAAACAGGUGGCUGGGGAGAUUCCGCUAACGCAUGGACAAAUGCGAGGAGCGCAUGGAGUGACGUGAAGAGGAUGGAAGAGCCGAAAGCGAAGGACUCGGGGUGGGGUGCGUCUAUAUCACCGCCAAAGCAGUCGGAAAGCGCAGGCUGGGGCUCGUCGGGAACCAUCAAUUCACAGCCAGGACAUGCAAGUUGGAGUUCAUGGAGCACGCCCGGUUCACAAGCGGGAAAUGCGGGUUGGGGCUCGUCGGCUAGCCAAAAUCGGCAGACAUGCGACAUUGACAAGGACCCGUCAACAACGAAGAACGGCGAAGGGUGGCACUCGACGGAUCAGACGACGAGUUCCGGUUCUCGCAGUUCAUUUACCGCACCACGGUCGGAUAGCGGAUGGGUAGCAAUCAAUCAGGGCAAGCCGGAGCAAUCAGACGUCAGUUCAGCCUCCAUACAAAAAUCUGCCAGAUUCGACGACAGCAAGAGUCGUAAUGUAGUAGACUCCAAUGGUCCUCAGGUUUCGCCGUUUGCGUCGCUUCUCGAUCAUUCAAGCGCGCCGAGCAAGUGGGCAUACUCUUUCGUCAACUUUGGAGGCAGUGUCCCGCGAGCAGCGUCGCCUUCUCCAUCUACGACUACUGAGCACACCGAACGCUCAUCAGCCCCGAGUAUCCCUAGCGAGCAGCGUGCCAGGAAAAACUACCCUAGAAACAUUGGACAUGCAGUGCUUUACCAACAGGAUGUUAUGGAUGCGGAGACUCAGCGAGACAAAAUCAAGCAGUUGCAAAAAUCCCAGCAGUUCAGCAGUGUAGGCGACAAAGGGAGAGAUCGGCUCGAAUCGAUCCGACAUGAUCAACACAGGACGUACCUUCAAGUAAACAAGCAGCUAGCGCACGCUAUCGAGAAUUUAGUAGAACAUACCGUUCGAAUGGGACCCAAAGAUACUAAUGAAGAACGACAGGCUGCCGCUGAAGAAUUGGCGGUGUACGUGACCCAAGCCAAAGGAUGGUUGGAAAGCAUCUGGCCACAUGCGAUUCAAUUCCAGGAACUGACUAAUAUGGCUCAGACAUGCCCCGGCACGAGCUGUGACGUGCGCGCAGUACCCCCCGAGCAAAAUCGCCACAGUCCGAGCCUAGACAGCGAGCUCUCCGCGCGCCUACAAGCACUCGAAGCUGCGUCCAAAGCCAACGAGAGUUACCUCGAAAAGCUGCGAUUGUCCACGCUGUCAGUCAUUGAGGAUGUCGCGAACAUGAGAGCAAAUGAGCUGCAGCGCGAAAAUACCCAGGCAAUUGAAUUUGAGGAAGGUGAAGUGCUGCCUCCCGAAGCCCAACUUGUGGCAGAUCUCUCGAACUUAUAUGCAUCGUUCGAGCAUGGAGAUAUGUCUCAUGAGCUGGUAUCAGUGCGUGGUGAGCUUGAAGAUCAACAGCGCUAUCUGCAAGCACUCCAUGAACUCAGCAACCACACCCUCCAUAUCCAAGAUCAGAACCAACUCUACAAGCACAAGAUACACAUGCCAAUGGUUGAACACACUGCUAACCACGCUCAGGCACAAUCAGCCAUAGAAAUGAAAAACAGUAUUAAAAGGCUCAGGAUGAUAGUUGAAGAGCUUGACAACAAUUCUCAUACCCUAUAUUCUCUACCACACCAACCAAAAGGACCAUCAACAGUGGAAGUUGUUGAGAUACUGAAGGAAGCCAUUAUGCCAUCCAUAGAGGCUGACCUGCAGAAGGGGAUAAUGGGGAUACAGGAAGGUUUAGAACAAAGCUUUCAUGCACAGCUUGAUAACAUCAAACUUGGGUUUGAAGUGAAUGUACAAUCAUUGUGA